AUUUGCUUUUUGGUGAUGGCUUCUUCAUCUUUGGCUAGUCCGCUCUGUAAGCAGUCACAGUCUCCACUGCUACAUUCAUCAGUCUCUUCUUCUUCAAAGAGAGACGGUUAUUGGGCUUGUAAUAGAAGGAAAUCUCUUAUUGCUCCAUGCAGCGCCGGUUCACCCAGAAGCAAAACCGGUGGUUCGGUUUCUUCAUUUUGUGGAUCACGAUUUCAAGGCUUGAUGAUGACUUACUGCUUGGCUUUUGAGCCCUGUAAUGACUACCAUUCCUCCAAAACUGGUCUAAAUGGAAGCUCCUCGUCUUUUUUUGGAUCAAUAAAUGUUUCCUUCAAUAAUAAUCGCAACCACUGGAGGAUCAACCGGGGAGCUGCCCGUUCUGUAGAAGCCAUGGCUAUAGCUGUGCAACCUGCAAGAGAAAUCAUGAUAAAGCAGAAACCUCCUACGAAGCAAAGACGGGUUGUUGUGACCGGGAUGGGAGUGGUAACUCCACUUGGCCACGACCCCGAUGUCUUCUACAACAAUUUGCUUGAGGGUGCCAGUGGUAUAAGUGAAAUCGAGGCUUUUGACUGCGCCCAGUUUCCUACUAGAAUUGCUGGAGAGAUCAAAUCUUUGUCAGCCGAUGGAUGGAUUGCACCAAAACUUUCCAAGAGGAUGGAUAAGUUCAUGCUUUAUAUGCUUAUUGCUGGAAAGAAAGCCUUGGAAGACGGUGGAGUAACUGAAGAUGUAAUGGAGGAGUUAGAUAAAGAGAAAUGUGGAGUUUUGAUAGGUUCAGCAAUGGGUGGUAUGAAGGUUUUCAACGAUGCAAUUGAAGCUUUGCGGAUUUCAUACAAGAAGAUGAAUCCAUUUUGUGUACCAUUCGCUACUACAAAUAUGGGUUCCGCGAUGCUAGCAAUGGAUUUGGGAUGGAUGGGUCCUAACUAUUCAAUCUCCACUGCGUGUGCUACAAGCAACUUUUGUAUAUUAAAUGCAGCAAACCACAUGAUUAGAGGCGAAGCUGACAUGAUGCUCUGUGGUGGCUCUGAUGCUGCAAUUAUACCCAUUGGGUUGGGAGGAUUUGUGGCAUGCAGAGCACUCUCUGAGAGGAAUGGUGAUCCUACCAAAGCUUCACGCCCAUGGGAUGUUAAUCGUGAUGGAUUUGUCAUGGGGGAAGGUGCUGGGGUUCUGCUUUUAGAAGAAUUGGAACAUGCUAAGAGGAGAGGUGCGACCAUCUAUGCAGAAUUCCUAGGUGGGAGCUUCACUUGUGAUGCCUAUCAUAUGACUGAGCCACACCCUGAUGGAGUUGGUAUCGUUCGCUGCAUAGAAAAUGCCUUGGCUCAGUCUGGAGUAUCUAGAGACGAUGUAAAUUAUAUUAAUGCCCAUGCUACAUCUACACCAGCAGGAGACGUUAAAGAGUACCAAGCUCUCCUACACUGUUUUGGCAAGAAUUCCGAGUUAAGAGUGAACUCCACAAAAUCAAUGAUUGGUCACCUACUGGGAGCCGCUGGUGCUGUGGAAGCUGUUGCAUCAGUACAGGCAAUAAGGACUGGUUGGGUUCAUCCAAACAUUAACCUGGAAAACCCGGACGAAGAAGUGGACAGAAAUGUGCUUGUUGGACCAAAGAAAGAAAGACUGGAUGUUAAGGCAGCAUUGUCUAAUUCUUUCGGGUUUGGCGGCCACAACUCCUCAAUCAUAUUUGCUCCUUACAAGUAACCAUAUAGUUCAAGCAUCGAUCAUCCUGUGUUUUAUUAUAUGUUGGAUUAACCGAAGGUACGCAAUGCCGAUCUGUGUAAAUUUCAGCAGCUGUUUAGUUAGCAAACUGUUAAGAUAAUGUUGAGGACUCAGGGAAGCCUUGUCUCGGUCCUGGAAAAGGGUUGUUAUCGGGAGUAAGGUAACACACCUAACUGUAUGGAUCUAGUUAAGGAGGAAAGAUGAUGUUUAGAGUUCAUUGUUGUGUUUUAAGAUUUCUUAUUUCGCCUCAAUUUAAAGCUGCAAUGAAGAUUUUGGUCAUUUAGUUAAU